GAGCUUCAAACAUAUGAUUUCUGUUGGAUUCCUUUGCUAUGACUACUGUCGUUUCCAUCGCAUUGACGGUGUCCAACGUUAUAUUCGUAAUAAUUUUGCAGAAGAAACUGUGAAGUAUAUUGCGGUGAAUAAAGUACGUUUAGACAGUCUCAAAAACUGUCUAGCACAAGCAGUAGCUGUGGGUACGGGUUUCCAGAAGCAAAGCCACAAUGUGCCAGAAUCGUAUUCUUGGUCGGAACGAGCUUGGACUUUUUCCAUUAUAUUGGUUCAGUUUUGGUUCUCUCUAUGGAGGUUGUUUGCCAUGCAGUGCAGCACUUUCAUCUUCAUUGGUUUUCAAAUGGUAUCCGCUCCAACAAAUCUUCCUUGUUUUUAUCAGUUUAUAAAGGUUAUUUGGAUACCUUGCCGUUGUUAUUUCUUCGUGAAUGCCUCUCUCUCACAUCGGAGAAUCUAAUUGAACCACUCUAACUAGAAGAACAGUCUUGUAGCAGAUUAGCCAAAGGUUUUCUCAUCCGUUGAAAUGCACCGUGAGUUGUUUUUUCAGAAGAAAGUUUCUAAGCUUUUUAAUGCAAGAGUUUUGCAGAGUUUCAUGAAUUCUUUUGAACUUAAGAACAAUCUAUUUUUGAAAGCUACUGGUGUAGAUACUAAAGGAUAGUGGGCUUUUUCAAUUUGCCAGAAUGAUGGAAUUUGGAGUUAUCAUUCUGUUUUGUGCUGUUGUGUUGUUGCACUUUGUGAAUGCAAGUUUGCUAAAGGUGUCGUAUAUUUGUUUCUGUGAAAUUAGUUUAAUGGGAAGUGAUGUUCCAAACUGUAAUUUUACUUGUGUAAUUGGAUAAUAUCUUAACCAUUUGAGGUUUCUUUCAAUGGGAUUUAGUGGGCUUCAAACCUAUCAAUUCCACAUACAGAACAGUAUUCUUCAACUUUUCUAUUUUGGGAGAUCUUUCAUUUUGCUAAAAGACCUCUUUGCAGAUUUGCUCAACUACUUUUCUAAAGUAUUGUUUCACGAGCCUUGUUUUCCUUCUGGACAGUCUGCGGGAAAGAGGCCUUCAUUUUAGAGAUCGCGUUGUUUUGUACAAAGUGCGUUCGAAAAUCUUUGGUUAUGUAUGAGGUGGUAUAAUUCUGGAGUUGUGAGAGAUUACUCUUUUU